UGAAAGCAAACGUACAAACAUACUGAACGGUACCAGAAAGAAACUACUACAACAACCUUUGUGUUUGGACUGUACCGUGUGAGGAUAUCCACCGGGACACGGUUAUUGUUUCGAGGCUGAAAACAAACGCGGAAUCUGCUUUAAACGGAGCUUUAGCCAACAAGAAGAACAGAGAAGUGAAACCUCCAGUUUGGGCUCGACUUUUUGGAAGUAGCUGUAAACAGUUGUCAGACUCUACGCACUUGAUUUGUGUUGACACGGAGGCUGUUAAACACCCAGCGACGCCACACAGCGUAAGAAAUGUGAAAGGAAAGGUUUUUAAAGGCGGCUAACAAGUCGGGACAAGAGGUAAACAACCCACCGGACCCCUCGUAUGUUUGUUUUCUACAUGAGUGUGUCGGCAGGAUGUCGCUGAGUUCGGGCGGUUGGACUCACAGCCCCGGCUACACACCGGAGCAGCCCGCCGCCCUGCCCGACCACUAUGGGGCCUCGCAGUCACAACUUGGCUGCCAAACCGUCCUCAUGUCGGUUCGGGUGUCGGUGUGCCAUUCUGGUAUUCGGCCGCUGUGUCUUCCGGGAGCAGGUGAUGAGUCACUCCGCCUGCAGCUCAGCAUGGACCCGGGGAAAUCCGGGGAAUUCCGGCUGUCGCUCCAAGACAGCAGCGGGACUGGCCGGAGUGUGACCAUCACCGAGUUCGAUUUGAGGAACGUAAACUAUGAGGUGAAGUCAGCAAAGUGCCACGAGCUGAGUUUGGUGGCGCCUCCACAUGACCGGAUCAGCUUCAACUUCCGCUGUGAGCAGGAGGCCCAGGAGUGGGCUACUGUGGUCAUGUCAUCACUGAGAGAAGCACACAGAGUCGCCCCUCAGGAUAAUGGUCCACAGAACCCUCCCGAUGUUCUCCAUCGCCAGAACACCUUGGCUUUGCAACGAACAGAGGAAACCUGCAUAGAGCUGACCAGAGCCAUAGAGGCAGGUGACUUGCAGUCUGCAUCUGUCUUUGCUGCCACACUUGCCCGUCAACAUGCGGCUUUAAAGAUCCAGCCGUCUGCCAGAGACUAUGAAGACACUGAAAUCAGUUUGACUGUUGUCGUGGAGGAUUCUUCCUCGUCCUGUUGUGUCACUGUGAAAGUUUUCCUCCACAUGACUACUGCAUCAUUGAAACAGCAGAUGUUUCUUGAAUAUGGAUUUCACCCCCGGGUGCAGCGAUGGGUGAUUGGCCAGUGCCUGUGCACUGACCAGCGGUCUCUCGCCUCAUAUGGCAUUCGUCAGGAUGGUGACACAGCCUUCUUGUACCUCUUAUCAGCCCGCCAUGCUCGCUUGACCCUCCAAAUCCUCCAGCAGGAUCAGGAGAGUGCACUUCUCCGUAAUCCUCCAUCUCUGUCUCAAAACCCUCUUCUCACUGCUACCUCCGCUAAUGGCCCCUCAACUCAGGACUGGAGGGCUUACACCACUCUUCCUCCUAGACUCCAUACCAGCAGCAGCACUGGUGGGUCAGAGAGACAAACCAUCAGUGAGAUCAGAGACCUCAUCAACCUAGAGAUGCCCCAACUCAGUGAGGCACUGAGCCCCAACACAAGCUCCACCCAGGGUUGGUCGUGUCCAUCUUGCACCUACAUUAAUAAACCAACGCGGCCGGGCUGUGAGAUCUGCAGUACAAACCGUCCCGAGAACUAUGUUAUCCCAGGUGGAUACCGCCCUGAUGCACUGGAGCUCAGACGAAUCCAGCAGGAGAAGGAGGCAGUCAGACAGUACCAGCAGGAGAAAGGGAGAAGAGAGGUGCUGAGGAGUGCUGGGCUUCAAAACUCACUCCUGUAUAACCUGGACCAGGACUACUGAACAUACACUGACACGGACAUACAUACGCGCCAUGUUUAUUUAUGUUCUAUUCGUAGAAAGCACAUAAAGCACUGUUUUCAUUGCAGACACCAGACAAUGGCAUCAGAAAUGAUCAUGCACAAGCAAAGUCCACAUGCAAGUCUACAUGCCUGUUUUGAAAGCAUCAUUUUCUUUUCUUUUUUCCUGAAGUUGAUUGCAGUUACAUGGGCUAGUUUAAGGUGAACUAUUACCUCUGAAGGCUAUUUAGGCCUUAACUCUUCCUAGUAUUGGCAUGAAACAGUACAGUUGGUGGUAUAGGUUAGGGGUCGGCAACCCGUGGCUCCACAGCCACAUGUGGCUCUUUCAUACCUCUGCUGCAGCUCCUUGUGGCUUUGGAAAAUAAAUGAGUAUUUAAUUUC